GACUCAGCAGAUAAAAUGUGAGUUAGAGUCUAUCUGAAACCUGUACUAGGGGGAUGUGGUUUCUGCUGGUGCAUGUGUGCGUGCGUGCAUACGUUUGAGGUGUGUUUGGUGUCGAGACGGAUGUAAUGAAGAAAGUCUUUGUGACAGAAGGAGAUGAUGUGACUCUACACACUGGUGUUUCUAUCAUGAAAGAUGAUGUACAGAUACUGUGGAUGUUUGGAAGGAAGAAUCCAGACACUCUCAUAGCUGAAAUCUAUAAGCUGAAGAUCUAUAUAUUUGACGGUCAUGUAAGUGUCAUGAAAGGUAAACUGCAGAUGGACAGUCAGACUGGAUCUCUCAUCAUCAGAAACAUCAGUAGCGUUCACUCUGGACUUUAUAAAGCACAAAUUAUCAACACAACAACCAAAUACAGAAGAUUCAAUUUUACAGUUUAUGCACCUGUUUCAUUACCGGUCAUUGCGAGCAGCUCUGUGGUCAGUGUGUGUCAAACUUCUGACUGUCAGAAAUACCCAGCUUCUUGUAUUGAUCCAGAUGAAAGUUUUUCCUGUGAGGUGUGUGCAGUGAUGUGUUCAGCUGACAAUGGAGCAGAUGUUUCUCUGUCAUGGUUUAAGAACAAUGAGAGAUUGAACCAGACCAGCAGUCCUGACCGCAACAUCUCUCUCUCACUCUCACUGGAGAUUCAAGAGAGAAAUAACAACACUUAUUACUGUGUGGCUGCUAAUCCAGUCAACAACCUGACAACACAACUCAACUUUCAGGAACACUGUCCACAACAUACCAGUUAGUUUUACUCUUCUAUUAAAACAAAUCAUAUGAUUUAAAUCGUUCUGAAUUUUAGCUAUUUUAUCGGAUGCAGGCAAUACAGACAUUCUGCUUUUCAGGAAACAUAAUAGACAUUUGUCUUGAUUUUUCUCUUGUACUCCAAAAAAUUGUCUGACAACAGAUCAUAAACUAUGAAGUGUUCAGGAUGCUGUUUACAGUUUGAAAAUUUUCAAAAAGCAAAGUUCUGGAAAACAUGGCUUACGAAAGCAACGGCUAAUUCGCACUGAUCCAACAAACACCAGCAUACAUGUUUGUUUGCAUUUGUUAGAUCACGGUGAAUUAGUCUCAAGACUAAUUUGUAUCAGGGUAAUAGUAUGCAGACAAAAGUAACUGCUCACGAUCGAAAGCAUACCAACUCAUAUUUGAAAUGUGUUAUGAGCCGAGGUUGUUUGGCUGCGGGUGUUGAUUCAUGGUCUUUACUGAAAUACCUCCAUCAAAGUGGUCGGUCUCUGGAGCAGUAUGUAAAGGAAUUGUGUGUUUUUUUCCCAUCUGGUGAGCUGGAGCGAUGCUAUGCUCAAUGCUUGUUCUCAGGUGAGACUGGAUGAUUAUUUAUAUUAUUUUCUGUCUAUGGAUCUACAGUAUAUAAGUUGCCCCUAGUCGAUUUGAUUAAGUAUGUCCUCUAGUUAAAUGGCUCUAAUUUUUUUAAUGGAGAAGCGAUGAAGACAAAUGUAAUAACCAUCCAGUUCCAUCCAGCAUCCAGCUGACUGCUCCAGCUCACCCCAAGCCUACGCCCAAAACCUCCACAUAUCUCAAGGUCAACACCAUUUCAUCAGUGUCCAUCCCUCUGGGCAGAAAGUUCGGCUCUGGGCAAAGAGAUCACAAAAGAGUCCGCUCCAAAGUCUACUCUUCUUCAUCAUACACUCCAGAAAUUUGAUCGUCUCUUGAUCUGCUCCCGAGUUUAGCCACAAGCUCCAGAAUUUGCACACUUCCUCAAAGUCAGCCCAGUGCCCACUCUUGUCCCAAAGCUCAGCUCAGUGCUCGCUCUUGUCCCAAAGCUCAGCCCAAUGCCCACUCUUGUCCCAAAGCUCAGCCCAGUGCCCACUCUUGUCCCAAAGCUCAGCUCAGUGCUCGCUCUCGUCCCAAAGCUCAGCCCAAUGCCCACUCUUGUCCUAAAGUCAGCCCAGUGCCGGCUCUCGUCCCAAAGCCAGCCCAGUGCCGGCUCUCGUCCCAAAGCUCAGCCCAGUGCCCACUCUUGUCCCAAAGCUCAGCUCAGUGCUCGCUCUCGUCCCAAAGCUCAGCCAAAUGCCCACUCUUGUCCCAAAGUCAGCCCAGUGCCGGCUCUCGUACCAAAGCUCAGCCCAGUGCCCACUCUUGUCCCAAAGCUCAGAUCAGUGCCCGCUCUUGUCCCAAAGCUCAACUCAGUGCCCGCUCUCGUCCCAAAGCUCAGCCCAGUGCACACUCUCAUCCCAAAGCUCAGCCCAGUCCCAAAGCUCAGCCCAGUGCCGGCUCUCAUCCCAAAGCUCAGCCCAAUGCCGUGCCCACUCUUGUCCCAAAUCUCAGCCCAGUGCCCACUCUUGUCCAAAAGUCAGCUCAGUGCCCGCUCUCGUCCCAAAGCUCAGCCCAGUGCCCACUCUUGUCCCAAAGGUCAGCUCAGUGCCCGCUCUCGUCCCAAAGCUCAGCCCAGUGCCCACUCUUGUCCAAAAGUCAGCUCAGUGCCCGCUCUCGUCCCAAAGCUCAGCCCAGUGCCCGCUCUCGUCCAAAAGUCAGCUCAGUGCCCGCUCUCGUCCCAAAGCUCAGCCCAGUGCCCACUCUUGUCCAAAAGUCAGCUCAGUGCCCGCUCUCGUCCCAAAGCUCAGCCCAGUGCCCGCUCUCGUCCAAAAGUCAGCUCAGUGCCCGCUCUCGUCCCAAAGCUCAGCCCAGUGCCCACUCUUGUCCCAAAGUCAGCUCAGUGCCCGCUCUCGUCCCAAAGCUCAGAUCAGUGCCCACUCUUGUCCCAAAGUCAGCUCAGUGGCGGCUGGAUGUGUCUGGGCAACACACACCUUGGCUGAAUUACCGUUGCUAGAUCCCUCUUGUCGGAGAGGAAGACCA